GGCCAGUUGGAGGUUGUCUGUUCGAGAACAAGUGAUCGGCAAACUGGUAUCCUGUCUGUGGGCUGACACGCUGGCUUUCGAUUUCGUGUCGUUGUGAUACUCUGUGCGCCUCUUGGUGUAAUGAAAAGACUUUUGUGGAUCAAGAAAUGCGAUGAUAGUUCGCACAGAUGACAAAAACUUUUGAAAAGCGAGGAUUAUGCGGUAAUUAAAAGCUAGCUUCUAUUCGGCAGGAAAUGGCUUGCGCGCAAAGGCGGGAUUUGUCCUACGGUAAGGUUGAACGUUUUGUGUUUUUCCUCUCUCUCUGAACUCUGGAAUGAAAAUUGCUGGGAUCGGUGUCAACCACUGACACUUACGUGCCACUCUAACGAAAUAACACUUUAAUUUCACGAAAAUGUCUCAAGCCGAGAACUUGGUGAAAAUGUUAUUAGCUGAGCUUACUCAGUCAAAAGUACUUCAAAUGAACGACAUAUAUUUGCUUACGUGUACCUUGGAGCGUGUUUUACGAGAGAUCUGCUUAUCGCUUCCAUCUGUAGCAAUUUGCAAAAUUUUCUAAUCUUCCAUACUGUCGGUCGAACCGACUGUGGUAAGCUAAAAAAAAUGCGAAUCUUCGGGUUCUGUUUGGUUCUGUUUCUUUAAUAAUUGUAAAUAACCUAGCCAAGUUUAUCCAUCACGAAACAGUGCUCUACGGUACAGAGUUACGUGAACUUACAACUUUGUUAAUUGAUGACAAUUUUCACUGAGUAUGCUUUCAAUUUAGCAACGGAGAAAUGCUAUCUUUCUUAACAUAUAUGAUGUAUGGUAUUUGCUUGUUCUUGUGGGUUCCGUUGAUUUAUACAACCAAGGUCGUGCUCAGUCUCGUACGGCACGAACAAGAACUUCUCAAUAAUUCACAAUUACCAGAGAGAUUUUUGGUAUUUCUGUUUAAAUUUAUUUUUGCUAAUUUGUAGUUCAGUGACCGAGGUUGAACAGAAAGGUCACACAAAUGUUUUCGUCGAUCAAAACUGCAAAAAUCGAAAUGUAUAUAUAUGUGUAUUUACAAUUAGCUUGUACAAAGGGGUGAAACGUGUAAUAGCCGUAAUUAUCCCAAAAUUCUCUAAGGGUUUAAAAUGAUUGAACCAAGUCUUAAGAAAUGAUUUCGUGUUAAGUAUCUUCCAGUUUUGUUCGAGCGAUCGCCUCCAGUAUCGAAUUUUUAUAACAGCUUAACACUGUCUCCCUUGUUUACAUUAUAUUUAAUGGUUAAGCCAUUGUUUUCGUUGCAAAAGGAAGUUAAAAUCUGAAAUGCUAAUUUACAGACAGCGGUAACUGGAAGGUUCUCGCGAUUGAUGGACGGAAACAUAUGUUUAGGAAUUUGCACUGAAAUAAGUAGACUUGAUCUUAAUUUCUUAUCAAGGGGUGAAAAUUCUGAAAAUUUGAUUGUGACAGUUCAUCCCGGAAUUUUAAUUUUGGGUUUGGGUCAAGACUAUUUUUCUCGAUAUUUUCAAUUAUGUCAUAUUGAUUGAUGUUAUGGUUCACAAGCCCAAUAUAUAUAAUUUUACAAACAUGCAUUUCCGUUCAAGAGAGGGCCUCUUAUUGUCCUUAUAAAUCCUUUUAAAGCAUUUUACUGAAUUCAAUUUUUCCUCAAAGUGAAAAAAUGUUUUUCAAGUUUGUAAAUAAUAGCAGAAAAAAUGCCAUAUUUGAAAAUGAAUAAGUUAAACAAAGGGUUAGUUUAAAUGAAUUGAAAAAGUAUUGUUUUAUCGUUAAUUUUUCAACCAUGCCUAUUCAUAACAUUCAAGAUCUAUUCACAAUAAAUGUGUGGUUCACAACAGAAAUUUUCAGGAUUAUUUCUAUUCCCUUUGUCAAGGUCCUUUUUAACAUGGUGUUAACCCUUUAAAUCCCAAGAUCUGAUUGUUUAUUCUCCCUUCUUGCUGCUGCACAAUUUCUUGGCAAUAAGUUGUGAGAAUUUGGUGUUAGAUCAAGAUAACAACUUCACUCUGAUAAAUUUUAGUAUUCUUAUUACCUGUUUACUGGAUAUUGUAUGCAUAUUAUAGGGAGAAGUUACAUGUUAAUCACUUCUGGGAGUUAAAGGGCUAACUGAUUGUUCUCUGCUGGUUGGUCAGCAGUGUGGUGCUGGUUCUAAAUUCAAACAAUCAUUUUUAGGGAACCAGACUUAAUUUGAUGAUGUUUAUUAGGCAGUUAGGGGUUUUUUCUUAUGCAACUCAAAUUCAUCAAAUUUUACAUAUAGUUAAACAAGGAAAAACCAAUUGAAAGGGUGUCUUUUUUAAAGCCUUCGCCUUUUCACUCCAAGAAUCUCAUAACUGAUUCUUCAUACUGUCUGCUAUACUUUCAAUUAAAUUCAAAUAGUGCAUUCCUUCCCCUGUCAAGUAUUCUAAAACAGAGACAAUAGCUUUUUUAAUCAGACAACACAUAGACAAUAGCUUUUUUUUUUUAGUUUUAAUUAAACAAUUGAUGAAAGACAAGCUACAGGCACAAAAGUCAGACUAAUCGUGUUUAUAAAAAUUUGUCAGUAAUUUCCAAAAUACCUGGUUAUUUUUCAUGCAUCAGAGAUCAGAGAGUUUUCUGGUUAGGACACAGAAUUCCUUUACUAACUUUUGAUAACUAUGGCCAUUAUCCAUUUAGAUGUGGAAAUAUUCUCCUGAAACUUAACGCUUCCAAUGAAAACCAUGGAACUCUGGUCAAAGUUUAUGCCCUUUCAUUUCACAGACUACUGUAAACACAGGAUUAUCUUCUUUAAAAAAAUUAAUAUCGUGAAAACAUGUGUCAGGUGAUAACUGCUGAUAACUAACCCAUUUGUCACCAUGUAAAAAUAGAUGGCUGUGUUUGAUCCUCACUUGAAGCGUUUUGUUCCUUCUGAUGGCAAGAACUAAAUCACGCAGUUUAUAUGCAUUUCUCGCUCAACACAAGCUUCUGACUUUCCUGAUCUGCAUGCACUCGAAAUAACCGCAGUCCUACUUCCUGUGGGUUUACCCUUUAACUCUCAAGAUCUGACUGUUAAUUCUCCUCUUUGGCUGCUAAAGAUUUCCUAAUAAAUUAGUUACAAUAAUUUGGUGUCUUUUCAUGAAAACAACAUCUACCUGAUCAGCAUGAGUAUUCUCAUUACUUGUUUGCUGGACAAUGUAUGGAUAUUGAAAAGAGAAGUUAGAUUUCAAUCACUUUUGGGAGUUAAAGGGUUGAAGAAAAAUGUUAGAUCAUAUUAUUAGUUUCUAUAGAUAAAAGUAUGGAAUAUUGAAUUGCCUUUUUUUGUCAGUUGCCUUAAGUUUAUAAUUUUAUGUUGGGCUCAAGAAUUUUCAGGCUUGAAUGCAGCCUUUCUCCAAAAGUGAAAACUUUGGAUAUAUUGUCCAUCGUGUGUAGAAUUUUUUUUCCAGAGAGAGGGAGUGUGAAGUUAACUUUAUUAUUUGCUUUUGAACUUUUGAAAUAAAUAACUCUUGAACUUCUGAAAUUGCUGGUGCUCAUUCUUUUUUUGGCACUGGAAUUUUUUUUUUGGGGGGGGAGGCAGGGGUGUAUUUUUUAUCUGGCUUACAAAACCUCUGAUGCAUCUUGACCUCAUAGUUUUUCAGCAAAAUGAUUUGUUGAAAGACAAUCUUGAGUUACCUGGGACCAAGUAGGAAACUAUUCCAAUAAUUUUGAAAUAAUUUUACCUGAGACUCAUUUUUAACCAUACCACAUCUUUCUUUUUUCAUCUUCCACGGCACAGUAUUUCAGCCAGUCAUCCAUGAGCCUCUCUCCAAGGCAGAUCAACAGAGCGGCAUCAAUGGAGACACAGCAGAAAAUGGAGAUACUUCACACAAAGAAACCAUUCCCGUCAAGGAUAGCCAAGGUAACAAAAUGAUCACUUUAACCCUUCUUACCACAACAUCAGUUGGUAUAUUCUCCAUAAUAUUCUUUAUACGUUUCUUAAUAUGCCAACAAGGAGAGUUUGUGUAACAAUCAGGUGCUUCUUUUGUUGGUGAUCAUUUUCUAUAUUCUCAUGACUUUAACAUUUUACACCAAAACAUUAGUAUGCAUAUUCUCCAAACUGUUCUCCAUACAUUUUCAAUGAGGCUAACAAGGAGAAUCUGUUUAACAAUCAAGAGCUGCUGUAGUUGGUGAUCACCUCUUCUAUUCUCAUGACUUUCAUUUUUGAUUCAGAGGUGAUGUAAUAAGGGAAAUUAGAUGCUAGUCACUCUUAGGGGCUAAAAGGUUGAUGUUUGAUUCAGGUAUGAUACAACAAGGAGAGAAAGAUUUUUUUCCUUUCUUCAAGUAAGAAUAGUGAUCGUGUUCACAAGUGUUUCGAUCUAGUUGAAGUUAUUACGUAAAUAAAUGUCUACGUUCUCGCCAUUGGAUCUUAUUGAAAGUGACAUGCGAAGGUGAAAUGUUUUAUCAGUAUCAAUUAGCAUACCUUUUAUAUUGAUGUUUCUCACUUAUAAUUAUUGUGCGAAAUGACCACAAAGAAUUGUGCGAACGGUUCAAAACUUGUGCUAACAGACUUGUGCAAAAAGUCUUUUGUGUGAAAUAUCCUUUUUUUCGGAAAAUUAGAUGCUAGUUACUCUUAGGAUUAAAGGGUUAUUAACUCCCAUAAGUGACCAAGACAGAAUUUCUCGUUACAAUAUCAAUACAACAUUAAGCAGAGUGAUUAGAAUAAAGACAAUAAUCAAUUGGGGGAUCAUUAGUUGAUUCAAUUAAAAAAUUCUCCGAAACGAUGUCAUCAGAAUUGAGUGGCAGACAGUAAGGAGAAUGGCCAAUGAGACCUGAGAGUGAAAAGGUAAAAAGAAUUCGAGAGGAGCAGUGAGGAAAUUCCAUUUUUGUUAUGCUUACUGUACAAUUUUUUUUUUAAUCUGUUAUGGAUACAGGAAGAUCAUUUGCCAGUUUAACCUUCUCCUCAUUUUUCCUUUCAAUUCAUGUUGGGCUGAUUUGAAAUUAUUCUUGUCCAACAGAGUUUCAUGCAGCCAUGAGAGAAGCAUUUCAGAGUAAGGUACAGCACCCUAGGAAGGCAAUGUCACUGUUUCUAAAAGCAGGAAAAGGUAAGCUUUUAGUAUUAAGAUGCCUUUAGAUUUAUAAUCCCACUCAUCAUUAAAUUUUGUGAAAUGCCAUUAAUUAAUAAACUCUGUGUGGUAUAAUUUAGUAAAUACAGUAAUCUUUUUUACAUGCAUGUGCGAUUCUAUAGGUCUUGUUCUUGUUGGCGACGAUGAAGCUGCUUUGGAAUGUUUUGAAUCCCUAAUCAGUCUUGCUAAAGAACAACUCAAUCAUGUGUUUACUGAAAAAUCCAAGUUACCAUCUUUAUCUCCUCUGGAAAAGGAAGAAAUUUGUAGACAGGUAUGUACUUCACUUAAACUACAUGUUGUUGCCUAUGUGUUACAAUUUGCUUUCAGUGUUCUUUCUCCCUCUCUGGAAGGCAGAUGAUUUUCCUCAGCUUUUAUAAGGAGGUCUUCAUACAGUGAUAAGCACUGCAAGACUUGCAUCUCCCUGCCCAUUAGAAGAUUCUUGGCAAGUUAGGGAGAGGUGUGCCAGGAGUCUGGCACUCAGUGCCAGUUUUUUUUCAGACCUCAUGCUGGCUUGUGUUAGUCAAGACUUCAUACUUUCCUGUGGGUGAAGAAACACUCAUGCCAAAGGGCUAUUAAUAAAGGCAUGUCUAUAUGCUUAGCAAAAGCAACAUAAGCCAUCUGAUAAUUAAUUCUUAGGAAAUUAGCUUUCCUAGAUUGGUUAGACUGGAAAGAUUUUUUUUUUUUUGGAGAAUGAAAACAGUGAUAUUUUUUUCUGGAACCUUACUAAUCCUUUGAGCAUACAAUGUACAUAUGUUUUAAAUGAUAGAAUGUUUGAAGUGAAGCCGUACAUGACAUUUAAAGGCAAAUUAACUUCUUCUCUUGUUUCCAUGGGAAUACAAGUACAAUUUCCAUGGAGAAUUACGAACUCCAUCAGAAAUCACUCAAGCUUCUUCUUCUUCAUUUGUUCAAACUUCUACUCUUGGCUUUUUUCUUUUUGUUAAAUAUAGAAGUCUCUAAAUAGAGAAGACUCCUUAAAGGAUAAAACUAAACAAGAUGAGAAGGAAAGGCAAGGUUUGAUUACAUCAGAUGGAGAGAAGACUGAAUUAAUGAAUGGUUACAGUGAAACAAAUUCUUGUAGAAUUCAAGAAAAUGGACUUGUGACAACGAUUUCUAUCGACAGUGAUCCAGCCACAAACUCAGAAACAAAGAGUCUUCAAAAUAGCCAGUCAGUGAGAACUAAUCAAAGAGAGCUGGAGGCAUCAGAAGAUGUUCAUGUUGCUGAUGAAUCAAAUAUUUGUGUAGUGCAGGAAGAAUCUAUGUCAUUUUGUUCUGUUGAAACUGUUGUCGAGGAACACUCUAUGGCCUCUUCUGAGAGCUCUGUGUCUGAUGAUGUUAGGUUUGGUUCACCUGUGGAAUUUGACGAAGAAGCAGUUGUACAAGAUUGGUCUGAAGGAUCAGUGUCCUGUGCAGCAGAGAUUGCACAAGAUGAUAUACAGAUGUGUGUAGUAGAAUGUGUAGAAGCCAUGCAAGAGGAUUUUGAAGUUGCUACAGUGGACAGUGAUGAUUCUCUGAGUGUUUGUAGUCUAGGGGGUUCAGAAAAUGUUGUUCAUACACAUAACAUAGUCGUUGAAUGUGGAAAGCAGGUUAUUGAGGAGGUUCCUCGGAGUCCACAGGAGAAGGCACUAAUCAGGAGAGGGUAAGUUUUUAAGACUAAGAUUGUUCUAGAGAAGAAUUUUCCAGAUCUGCAGUACUGUAAACAGCAGAAAUGUAUCCAGUAGCAAAAUGUGAAUCUGAAAAACUCUGCUCUAGAGUAUGUCUGUUAUAAGGAAUGGUGUUUUUUAUUUAACAAAUAGAUUUCAUGUUGUUGUGUGUAACUUCAGUGAUAGAUCACAGAUAACAUUAAAAUGUAAUAAGGACAAAAAUGUUGUGCACAAGGUGCAGCUGAGUCUGUCACUGACAUUCAUACCACAUUUUCAGUGACGUCUUCUGUGAUCUAUCACUGUACAGACCCCUGAAAACAUAGGAUGUAUUUAUUUUAUAUGAUAAAAAAGCACUGUUUUGAAUGGUGACAUCAUCUAUGCAUCAGUCUUCCCAUAGAUCAUAGGUAAGAACCCAUCAAAAUGCCUGUAUAAUAGGCCAUUUUACAGUUGUGUACUUAGUUGCCAAGCCUUUGUUUGGAGUGAGGCUGAAGGUGAUUUUGUUGUGACAGAGACCAGUAUCUAAUUAGCAUGAUAACAAAGUAAUUUAUCUUUGGAAAGCAGUAAGGUUUGUGUCAUACCAAGGUCAACCAUAGCCUCACUUCUGUUCAGAGGCUUGGCAACCAAGCAUGCAACUGUAAAAUGGAACUAUGAAAGAGUUUAGUUGGAAAUCACGUGAUUUUGCGCGAAUUGUGUCCAUUUCUUUUCAUCAUUCAACACUUCACUGAUUCUAAACUUCAGAUAUGUUGUGACUGAACUGAUAGACACAGAGCAAAGUUAUGUUCAAGACCUUGGCUAUGUUGUCAAGGUGAGAAUUUUAUUUAUCUUUGAAUUCUACAGCAUGGCAAUGGUAUUGCAAAACAACUGUUGUGAGUGAGUUUUAAUUUAUGUUUAUAACUCAGCCAAUGGUACAUUGGACAUGGUGAUUAUCAGAUAAGCAAGGUUCAGCUCUUUGAAGUCAUUUUUCACCCUUGGAUCUUCACAAUCUGAAUAUCAAUGCUCCAUAUUGUCUGCUACUUAUUUCUCAUACUUACAGCUUUGAGAAGUUUGUGUUAAACCAAGCAGUGGAGAUGCAGUAGCUUAAUCAGUGAUUAAUGCGCUGGACUCCCAGUGGAGAGGUUGGGGUUUGAGACGUACCUGGGUAAAUAUAUUGUGUUCAUGGGCAAAACACUUCUCUCUCAGAGUACCACUUUCAACCCAGGAGUAUAAAUGGAUACCAUCAAAUAAUCAAGGAGGCCCGAUAAAAUGCAAGGGGGUUACCUCCAAUUGACUGGCAUCCCAUCCAGGGGGGGAGUGGGGAUUCUUCUCAUUGCUUCAUGGAAUAAUCUGGAAUAAUCUCCAGCUGGAUGGACCACUUGAUCCAAAUGUAGACACUACACAUCCAACUUGUUAAAUUCGUUCUUUCUCCUCAAUACGUAUUUACCUUCUGCAUCAAGAUGUUAUGUUAUUAAGAGGAAAAAUUCCUUUUUGAUCACUCAUUUGACUGAUCAAAGACACAUAUUUCUUUUUUUCAGGGUUACAUACCAGAAUUUUCCUCAAGCAAUCUACCAGUAGAAUUAAAAAAUAAAGGAAAAGAAAUCUUUUCCAAUAUUCAAGAUAUUCAUGAAUGGCACUCAAGGUGUGGAUACUUUUUGCCCGUUUAGUUAUGAUCCCGCAGAUAAUCGGAGUAACACAUUCUAAGUCUUGUGUAGUAGAGGAAAAAAAACUACUUAACGAUAUUAACUGAUGCGACUACAAUCCGCACAAAAAUUAAUUGACACAUAACGUCCACAUACCAACUUUAAAGUUGAAAUGUAGCUUGAUACAUACCAUAUACACCUCUUCCCACAACCAAGCAAGUGUGAAGGGAAAUGUUUUGCGAUGAGGUGUCUCCCGUAAUAUUUUGUACUGAAUUCAUUUCUAUUUCAGACAUGGAUAUAAAUUACUAUUAGAAAUAUACUUAUUUAUAUUUUCCCAUGUAAUUGCCAUCCAGUUAUAGUCCGUACUAACUGGGUUUUUUCUUUCAUUCUCGCCAUCCAGCGAAUUGUGCAGUCAUUUGAAGUCCUGUGAAGAUGAGCCUGAUAAGAUUGGUGAAGUUUUUGCAGAAUCGGUAAUUAAUAGUAUCCAUCGAAGAACACUUUUCUUUCAUUUUUAUUAAGUUAUUUAAAACUUCUUAUAGGUACACUGGUGAAAUUUCCAAUUGAGUGUCGAGAGUGAUCCGGAAUUGCUUUGGUUGUAAUUAACUUUGCCUUGUGAUUGGUCCACAAAACUCGCGCAAUCCUUCCAACCAAUCAGAUGCUAAACUAAAAAAUCAAAGCGGUUUUGGUUUUUCGACACACAAGUGAAACCUGCUCAUAUAAUCGGUACCAAAGGUUAGGAACAUUUGUUUAAAGUGAUUACCUUGGAUUUAAACCGUUUUAUUUUUUAAUUCUUGACAGGAACACAAACUUGAAGAACUAUACUCAGAGUACUGCAGAAACAAACCUAAAUCGGACUUGUUGGUCCAAAAAUAUGCGGACUCCUUUUUCCAAAGCUGCAAGGAAAGACUAGGCCACAGACUACAGUUGGCUGAUUAUCUUAUCAAACCUGUUCAGAGGAUAACGAAAUAUCAACUGCUGCUAAAGGUUAAUAUCAUAAUUAUUUCUGUCACAUUUAUGGUUUUUGCAAUGAGAGUAAUGAGCCUGUCUGAGGGCAAUGUUUGUCCUUGUAUAAAUGAUAGUUUGUUCAUUGUGAAAAUAAUGCAGACAUAUUUUUUUAUGUAAAGUUACUCAAAUAAGUUACGUGUGGAGAAUUAAAAGGAAAACUAUCUUAGAGCAAAGUUCAAUUGGGUGCUGUAAAGCCAAAGUCAACGUAACCACACUAGCCAAUAAAAACAUAGGAAAAUAUAACAAGGAGCCAAUCAGAGCUUAAAGUAAAAACAAGAGAACUGUUUAAAGCGCGGGAAAACGCGGGUGACCAAGUCACUAUUAGGUUUAGUUUUGCAUCUCAUUGGUUGAGAGGGUGACACGAGUUUUUUUCCGACCAAUCACAGAGUAAGAUAAGCAAACUAAUGCAAUCUUGAAUUUCUCCUUACACUCAGAAGAAAAAACUGUUGUUUUGUUCAUUCAUGUAUCGGUGUUUAUUUGGACAAAUGUAAUUUUACUUCGGUUUUCUUCAGGACAUUCUGAAGCAUACAGAUAGAGCUGGAGAGGAUUGUAAGCAACUAGAGGUUAGAUUUAUUAUUUUCAACUCGGGUUUCUCGUUCAUUUCUCCUUUAAGUCCGCUGGCGUUGAAAAAUGCAAGAAAAUUCUCAAAGUUAUUGUUCUAUUCUUUAUCUCAGAGAGCUUUAGAAGUUGCCCUUCGAAUUCUCAAGCGAACAAAUGACAUGGUUAACGUGGGGAUGCUUCAAGGAUUCGAGGUGAGCGAGUGUAGUGAACGCCAAGCAGCAAGACAAGUCUAUCUUUAGAAGACGUCUUUACUUUGCCGUCUUUGUUCCAUUUCUAUCAUACAUGACCCUACACUGAGAUUUAACGCCUUAAAUGGAAACCAUCUAAUUGAAGGGUUUAGUUACCUUUGAACUUAACUCUUUCAGGUGAAGUCCGAGGAAACAGGAGAUCUUUUACUUCAGGUGAGAAUUCUACUGUUGUUCGCGAAAAUGAAAUAAAUAUAGUCGCACUGCUCAAACAAGAUAAACAGGACGCUGAAGGAAAAACAACAAACAAUUCUAUCGUAAAAUAGGAUGUAGUUAUUCUAAUAACACUUCAAAAGAGAAAUAUAAUUGUUUGUCUCGCGAUGUGGUCACUUCGGAAGUGGAUCGUGACAUUUCGACUGUAUAUUGCUAGUCUUCUUCAGGCGAUGAGGUCGAUUGAGUACGCAUCGCCUAUAUCCUGUUUUGCUCAGCUGUAUUUGGAUGUAAUUCCACUUCUGUGAUUGGUGCAUAAUGAUAGAUUAAUAACGUCAGAUUAUAUAGGAAAUUUGUAAAAUUAAGAUUGAAUGCACAGCUUCACUGCAGGUAAAAGGUAAAAUGUGGUUCUGCCCAACCUUUAUUCUCAUCUGUUAGUGUUUAGGAUUUCAUUUUCAUAUUUUUUUUCCUGUCCAGGACGAGUUUAUGGUUGUUGAUGGAAAAGCAAAGACUAAAGGCAGAGAAAGAAGAGUGUUUUUAUUUGAAAAAAUCAUUAUAUUUAGCGAGCCAAUGACAAGAGAAGGUGGUCUUCCGGAAUUUAGAUAUAUGCACAGCAUGAAGGUAAAUAUCUGUAAUUCUAAAUGGCUUAGUGGGGUGCUAUCGAUGUUUUUGCUCGUAGAAGCUUGCAAAUGAACUUUAUGCUGAGCAUGCUUCAAAAUUUGGGAAGGAUGAUAAAACAAAGAAAAGUUUCUCGACCUCUAAAUCACGGUCAACAUCGGAUACGAUGAACAGCCGUAGUGUCCAUGUACUGUAGUGUUACUGUCGAGGUGGGGGUUGGUCUCGAAAAGGACUGAUGCAGACGACAUUUCAACAGCGUUAUCGUAGCGCAGCGGUCACGGGUAAAGCAUGCGCAAAAAGGGGCAAUUAUGGUCUGCCGCGUUUUUAAGGAAAAUGUAAGAGAAAUCCACUACCGUGUAAGAUUGAAACGCUCUUAAAAAUAUAUCGAUACAGGUGGGCAUAUUUGAACAUAGCGCCAGAGGUAACUGAGAUUCUGGGACAAAAUUCUCGUUAAACUGAAAUACCGAGACUAGAAAAUUUUGGCUUAAGUUUGUACAUCGGAUUACGCGUGUGCAGUUUUGGUUACUUUUUCAUUACGUCAAUGGCUUUAUAUUAAUUAUUUUGUUUCUUUUUCUUGCCAGACCAAAGGUAUUGGCCAAACAGAAUCAGUGGACAGCGAUCCGUGCAAGUGGGCUGUGUGGCUGAGAAAGCUGGGAGGUGCUGAAAUUUACCUGCUGAAGGCAUCUUCACCUGAAACAAAGGAACUCUGGAUCAAGAGCAUAAAGGAGUGUCAUACCAAGAAAAAAACUGGAUUGCUCAAAGGUUGGACAAUGUUAAAUAUAUGGAUCAAUAUCAGUAUCUGGACAACUGCCCAUCUACCCCUCCCCUAACUCAACAACAGUUAAUUGACAACAAGUUAAGGUUAAUGUUGGGUUAGGGGAGGGGUAGGUGGGCAGUUGCCCAGGUACUGAUAUUGAUCCAAAUGUAUGUGGCGACAUUGUAGGCUUUUAGUUUGAACCGCCAUUGUUCUCGGUGACGUUUUUUCCCUUUCGCCCCUUUGGGUGAUCGCCGAUCUCAACUCUUUAACCAAGUGACCAAGACAUAAUUUCUCCUCACAAUAAUAUAGAGAUUUAGCCAAGCCUAAAAGCGGAGCUCGCAUUUUUUUCUCGCACGUCUCAAGGGCACAAUGCCUUGCCCCGGCCAGGAUUAGAAUUCGGGUCGUCCGACUCGGAGCCCAGUGCACUGUCCACUGGACUACUGGACUAACCAAGUGACCAAGACAUAUGCCCCAUUCACACCAAAGCUUAAACAUGUUUAAAAGUUGUUUUGUUAAACACAGUUUAAUUUUUUUUUUCUUCAUAGAAACUAUUUAACCGAAUAUUUUUGACUUGAAUGUAGCACAUUGGAAAUGCAAGUUAGCAAGUACUUGAAUCCAAUGGAAAAUCAAGUUUUCCAGUUCUCUGUUUAUAAUUUUCAUUCAAUGAAAACCAGUUUAACAAAACAUGUUUUGCUGGUGUGAAUGGGGUAAUAGUUUCUCUUAACAAUAUCAAUACAGUAUCAAUAAGACAAGUGAUGAGUAUAAAGAAAACUAUCAAUUAGGGGAUUCUUAAGUGAACUAAUUCCAAAUUCUCUAAACUGACAUCAUAGGAAUUUUAUGGCAGAUAGUAAGGAGAAAUUAUUAAUAAGAUAUUGGGGGUGAAAGGGUUUGUGGGAAAUUGUGAAUAUGAGAUAACAGAAAUCGUCUUCCAUGAUGGACUGGUACAGUAAUGAGAAAGUAGUUUUGUACCUUUAAUGUAUUUUCUCAGGCCAAAUCGAAGAAGUCAUCCAAGCACUAAAGGCAGAGGAAUAUUUAAAACUAUUAACUAUUCUCGUCAACUUUUGACAACUUGCCAUUUUCUUUCGUAAAGAACAACUAUUAAAACGAAAGAAAAUUAUUUUAUUUUUGUGUAGCGUGGAAUAGAUACAGAGGCAGAGGCUCAGAAUCCGAUAAAGACCAAACAGAGUAAGUGACUUAAAUUUGCUAAGAUUUAAAACUGGUAUUUUAAUCCGCGGCGGUAGCCAUCCCUCAGGUUUUUUCAAGUAAAAAUAUCUUGGUCAUUUCUACUCAGUCAAACGCUUGACCUCUCCAAAAUUUCCUUCAAAUAAAUUCUUGAAAAAUUUGUCUCAAUCUUGCUUACCCAGGACCGUUCUUCCUUGAUUUGCCUGUACAUUUUGGUGCAAGCCUUCUCUCUUUGCAAGCUUAUCCGAAAUUUCGUAACGUAGGUAAUGUUGCUCUGUUAAAUGCCCUUUAUAAUGAUUACAUCGCACAACGCCUGUGUGACAAGAACUGUUGAAAAGUCCAUUUCUCAACAGGCCAUCUACAAGGCUGCAUUUAACUUGUGAAACUUGCUAAGGAAAAGUUGGGCGAAAGUGUUGCAGUAGGCAACUUCUUCAACUCAUAUCAGCGCGACAGACUCGUGGGAUAAUUUGCGAGGAUAAAUCAUUUGAAGUGUGUUAAGGCUUUAGCUACAUGACCUCUUUCUAUUUUCAUAUUUAGUUCCACUGAUGGGGGACUUCUCAGAAUUCGUACACAACGGCAGGGUGGCUCCCGCCGGACGACAUUCAAACGAAAGCCGGCCUCUAAGAACUGUGGGAAGAGCGUUAAGAGAGAAAGAGAUCCGAGCACUUCAGAGAGAUUGAGGGAAAACAUUAGAAAAUUCCGAACAGAAGAAAGAAUGCUCGCGGUGGAUCCAUCGUCUAUCGAAGACGAGUGUGAUGGUCUGAUGCAACAAACCUCAUUAGAUGAUUCAUCUAUGCCUCAGUCGCCCAAUGUGGAAGCAAGCGUAGAGCCAAAAUUGGCCGAGUUGACACCUGUGGAGCGUUGGCUCAAGCUAGAAACUGAGGUGUGCAAAUCACGUGUUUGAAAAAGUCACGCACGCCAUGUUUACUAAUAUUUUUUAUUGCUCUGUGUAGGACAAUUACCCUUUUUGUAUGUUUGAUUGUAUGUUUGUUUGUUUAAUUUGUUUCAUUACUCAAAGAUCGGAAGAACAGUUCGCAAGAUGAGAUUUUUUUUCAGUUUUUCUACCAAGCCAUAGAACGCUCGUUUCUUUGUUAAUCCGCCUUGAAUUCCCAAGAUCCAAUUUUUUAUUCUCCCUUCUGGUUAUCUUACGUUACCUUGUAAAUUAGAGAAGGGAAUAUGGUGUCAUGUCAAGUUGACAUCCUCUGGCUGAUCAGCUCUCUGUUCUCAUAACCCGUUUGUAAGAUAACAUAUCGGAAUCUUUAGGAGAAGUUAUAUGUUAGUAUCUCGUGGGAGUCAAAGGGUUAAUUGUCCAACUUUACUUUCGCAGGAAAACCAGCUCAACAAGUUGUUACAUUUAACCAGGAUGAUUGCUGCGAGGCUGUUUCAAUUAAGAGACCGUGAAAGGGCGCUUCAACUCUAUAGUGACGUCGUAGCUACAACGCUAAGUUUGGAAGAAAUAAGAAAACUUGAAGGAGUAAGUGCCUGUAGACAACGCUGUUAGCGUAAAGGUCAUGUGUUAAGUGGGUGUCCCAAUCAUCACUUCCGGUACUUUUUCUGAUUUCUCUAUCAAGAGGUAACUUGGAGUGUUGCCUCUCCUCUAGGAUUGGUUGCUGGUGUAUCACAGGCAACCUCGAAGUUAUUUCUCAAGUUUCACAGCAGAUCUUGAGAUCCCAUUCACACGCGUUGAGGAAAGUAGACUUUGCUGGGAUAGUGUCUCGCCUAGUAGACUGAUUUGAAUGUUUGUCUGUUUUGUACGUUUUAGUUGUUUGCUACACGAGACCUCUUACUCAAUAAAACUGUGGAUGUGUACGAAGCAUAUCGCAGAGAGCAGAUAAGCGCCAGGUAAUGAUACAAAACAAUUUGAGCAAUUGGUUUCUUCUUCAACAUCUUUCGUUACACGACUCUUCUUUUGUUGCAGUUUCGACAUAGAAGAUUCGUACAACUCUCUAACAAGUCUUCUCAACGAAACAGCUGGGUGAGUUAAGUAUCUUCUUAUAAAUUGCGAAUGCAUUUCUAUUACGAUUCUUGUCAAUUAACUGAAAGCUACAGAGCAGUACUUUAACCCUUUAACUCCCAAGAGCGAUUAAAACAUAAUUUCUCCUUACAAUAUUAAUACAAUAUCAAGCAGCCAAGUGAUGAGAAUAGGGAAAACUAUCAAUUAGGAGAUCAUCAUUUGAUCUAGCACCAAAUUCUCUGAAAAAAUUUUAUAAGAAAUGAAUGUCAGACAGUAAGGAGAAUUUCAUCGAGAUAUUGCGGGUGAAAGGGUUUCCUUUUUUUUGUUAUAGCUAUUCAAGGUGCUUCUAACUUUUAGGUUGGUGUGAGAAACCCCAGUGUGUGUCUGUUCUUCUAAACGUCUUAACAGUACUCUUAUGUGAUGUUUCUAAUUAUACUGUACAAGGUGGUUUUAACUUUUCAUUCAGUGGACGAAACCCUGAAGUGUGACCAUUCAGAUGAAAGCCACUGAGCGGUACUUUCACGUUGUACUGUUUACGAUUAGAAUUUCUUAACCUUCUGUGUUUGCAGAUUUUCCAGUGUUAGUAAGGGCACCACAUGGUCUGUUGUCUUGUACAGUAUCACAGCUGCAGCAGCGUGUAGAGAGCAGCACUGGCGCGAGGCGUCCCAAGCUUUCUAUCGGGUCUCCAUGGUGUACAGCAACAUGCAGGCAACCGCGUGUGCAGGUACCACUUACCAGUUAACCACUUUUCCUGAUCUUUCCCUGCACUUUCCUCGCGCUUCCCCGCCUUUUCUCACUCUUUCCCGCAGUUUUAUUACACUUUUCCCACAGUUUCACCACACUUCUCCCUAGUUUACCGCAAUUCUCCCGCAGUUUUAUCGCACCUCUAUCGCAUUUCUCCCUAGUUUACCGCAAUUCUCCCGCCGUUUUACCGCAGUUUUAUCGCAUUUUCAUCACAUUUUAUCGCACUUUUACACCAUUUUCAGCGCACUUUCCUCGUGCAUCCCUCACACUUUCCUCUUUUCCCUUAUUUCCUCCCAUCCCCGCGCGCCAGUGCAGUCUCCUCUUACUCUAUUUUCGGGUACAAGUUUCUGAAGUAGUUUCUUUCUCAAUCAAAACAAAAGUUGUCAAGGAAAAUAAGGACCAAUUCCACCAUAACUGAUAUAGUUCGGAAUAACUUUCGAAACUCAAUCGAAAAUCGCUCAAAAUUUGAUGCGAGAACCCACCUCUCUAAGAAAAAUCUGUUUCAAUACUAAAGCUUUUUUCCUUGAUCUCAGUUGACAGUUUGUUAGAUGCACACUGGAUGUGCUGCCAAGCAGAAGAUUACUUAACCGCCCUACAAUUUCUUUACAAUGGGUUCAUCCGAGCAUUAGCUGCAAAGGACUUGAUGAGAUGUCUCAGGUGAGAAAUUCUUUGAAGUCUGUACCUGAACAUUUCUCUUAACCCUUUCGAAACUUUUAUACCAUGCCUGCCAGUGACUCUAGUGCUGCCUAAUUCAUCCCUUCCCCUGUAAAAAUAUUCUAAAAAUUAAAGCAUACAGUGGAGAAGGAAGAUAUUAAUUUGUCUGUUUGUCUCGAGUCUGGGACAAAGAGGUAACUUGAGUUUCCUAAGAAGAUUGCUAUCUAAGAACUUCCGGUUUCCCGUUUUACCGCUGAGUUACAUGCAGUGGAAAUCCCGUGGGCGUGUGAACACAGCGGUAAAAAGUCAAGCAUGUGCGAGGGAAUAAGUUCUUGCCAGCCGCGCGCCAAUUACCCCGUGUAUGCUAUGACAAAGCCUCUAGGGGCCUUGGUGAGGAACAGCUUUUUUAGGGCGCAAAACCUUGAAAUAGAAAUAUUUAUCUUGUACUUUUAUGGCUGUCUUUUACUUAGACUAGAACAGCAAGCGUUGCACCUGGUGGACACAAUUAAGUCAUUGGGCCCCAAAGUCCAUCAAAUGAUGAAUGACGAGGACGAACUAGACACUAGGCAACAGGUCAGCACUCAUCAUGUGGAGUUCUUGGUCAAUAUGAGCCGAGCUACACGACGAAGGGACUGGGCCUGGUUUGAAAUCGCUGAAACUGAACUGCAAAAAUUGUAUGUAUUAAAAGCAGUGUCUUGAUUUUUGCUGCAAUUGAUUAAUCUUUUCAUAGAAGCUUGAUUUAGGUUCAUCAAAAGAACUUCAUCGGUCGCGGCUCGUAAAUGGAAGUGGGAGUGGAGAAUUGGAAAAUGAGAUAUGGGAAACAGAUUGGGAAAUGGAAACUGGAAAAUCAGGAAUGGGGACUGGAGAAUGAGGAUCGGAAAUAAAAAUGGAAAAAAAUUAGGAACUUAAUGCAUGCAUUGCAAACCUACUUUUGUUUGUUCUUUCCACUAUGGUUCCCGUCCAUUCUUGCUGGCUAUGGACCUUAAGAUUCCAAGCCGAGUAGGAAUAACAGCUAAUGAUUUUCAAUAAUAGAAGAGCGCGAAUACCAGUUCGAAAUUUACCAACACAACAUCAGUGAACAAGUUUUUGCUGAUAUGGAUUAGGUGCAAGAAAAAUGAAAGCCAUCAAUGAGUUAGCACUUCGUUAGUUUGCAAUCCGAAAAGGACCCAAAUUCGUUCAAUGACUGCGUAAAAGUUUUUUAGUCCUGAAGAGCGCAAGAAAGCUUCGCGGAGAAUAUAUUUACCAACUAUUUCGUUGAACGGGUGAAUUCAAAUCUAGUGGUGCAGCUACAGAAGUAUUUAAGAAGUACGAAGAGAUAGUUUUAUACCAAGACCGCUACCACCCCGCCAAAAUUUGCUUAUUGAAUUCAUCCUCAUAUCUGUGUCAUUCGUUUUCUUACAGCUGCUCCGGAGAUGGUCACCAGGCAGACGCGGUCCUCCAGGCUGUGUUUCUUAAGAUAAAAAAGUCAUUACCAGGCCCAUCAGAGAGUUAAAGUUGGAACCGACGAAAUCUCUCGAUUUUGUUGCAAACCGUGUCAUGUGACAGCGAUGAAAAAUGACGACGUCAUUUAAGAACAAGCCCGCUAUGUUUUGGUGUCCUCCUAUUAAGUAAAAUAAUACUAUCGACAUGCUUUGCUGUACUUGCUUGCCUGAAGUACUUUGCAUUCAUACUUUAUGUAGCGUUUUAGCCACUUAGAGAUGUCGCCUCCGAGAAAGAUGAAAAAUGAAAUGAAACGUUGUUGCGUAUUGUUGAGUAACUGUGCUGCUACGUGCCCUCUGACUGGUCAAAGAUCUAUUGCCUACUUUACUAAACAACAACAAAAUUACAUUUGACAGAUGACAGGGGAUUCACAAUUUGAAUUAUUUUGUUAAGAAAAUCCGCUUUGUGAAGAAAACAAUUUUUGAUCCCUUUUGAGUAGAAAGUAAUUUCACUUCCUCCAAUAUAUUUCGUACCUCUCGCGCUGUGAUUUCAUGGCUAAGCCAUGAAUGAUAUUAAAGCUUGGACUUAUAUAAGAAAACCAGUUGUUGAGGUAUUCAAAGAAAAACGAACCAGACAAGAAGGUUAAGAAUGACUGCCAUAGUUAAAAUAUUUUACAGAUUGACGUUGCAAAGAUUUUUCUAUAUUCCUAGGUCAUUAUUGUAAAUAAUUAAUGCUUGAACUCUAUGUGUCUCUGGAAAUAUAAUAUACAAAUUGAAUUGACAAAUAAAAUAUACCUCUUUAUGCC